AUGGACGUCACUUCAGUGACUUCGCUUGUCACAACUACUCUUACUUUAGCAGAGUUUCAGGUUAGUUUACUUCGUAAACACAGCUUCAUCUUCGAGAAAAUUUUGACAGUAGUAUUUUCAUAAAGUUUAUGGACAUUUUUUCGCUUUCGCACAGUGCAUUUUCGACUUUUCCCACGCUUGUCGCCAUCGCACAGUGAAUUUUUUCUUUUUGCACAGUGCAAAACUCAAAAAAAUAUCCGUUUGCACAGUGCAAAUUCUUGGCGCCGGCGCAGCGACGUAGCGAUGUUUCGACUAAAAAAGGAGGAGAGUGAAUUGAACGGUGAAAGAUGGGAUUUUUUUUUGCACAGUGCGGACCGUGACAAAUGUCCAUGCACUUCAUGGAAAUUCUAACACGCUUUUUCAAAAGUGCGUAGACAUUUUUUUCGGGGCGCGUAGGGCAUUUUGCUACUUUUUACACUGGGGAAACUCUGUCGCGCACAAAUUUGCGGCGAUACAGUCGAAAAGCCUCGCACCGCGGUGAUCUUUCACUCGACAAUGCAAAACGUCAAAUGCACAGUGCGGAAAGCUUGCGACAAAAAGUCUACACACUUUUGAAAAAGCGUACUAACAAGCUUACAUAGAAAAAACUAGCCGUUCGAAUAGGCGCUGGAGUAAUUUUGCCGACGUGCACUGUCCAGAAAAAGUCAGGAUGCGAGCGAAAGUUCCAAAAAGCUUAUUACACGGUGCAAAAGAAAUUGCAGUGCAUAGUGUAAAACAAACUUUUGCUUUUGCACAGUGCAUGUCGCGAAAAUCAGUUCAGCGAUUUUUUGAACGGACUAGUCGAUUGUCAGCAACCCAUCAUCACCGUAAAUUUCAGCAUCAAGUUCUGUGGAUCCUAAUCGUCGGUGCAAUCCUCGCGUUUGCACUGGGCUUUGCCCUUGGAGCGAAUGAUGUCUCGAAUGCCUUCGGAACCUCUGUCGGAUCAAAAGUGUUAACUAUAAGGCAAGCCUACAUGUUGGCGACGGUUGUCGAAUCCGCCGGUGCGAUCUUAAUCGGCUAUAAUGUGGUGGACACUAUGCGCAAAGGAGUGGUUGAUGUUCGAAUCUAUGAAGGAGAAGAGCGAUUAUUUUUUCUUGGACAGCUCGGAAUCCUCGGAGGCUGUAGUACCUGGCUGAUGCUGGCGACAGCUCUUGAUCUGCCUGUCUCUUCGUCCCAUUCUAUUGUCGGAUCUACCAUCGGCUUCUCUUUGGCUUUGAAAGGGAUUACUGGUAUUGGAUGGGGCAUUGUCUGCAGAAUCAUGGCCACGUGGAUUGUUUCUCCCGUGUUUUCAGCGGCAGUAUCCGGCUUUUUCUACAUUUUACUGGAUAUUACCGUGCUCCGACGUAAAAAUCCAGUAGCAAAUGGACUUUUACUUCUACCAUUUUUCUACUUCUUCUGCAUUGCGUUUAACACAUUCAACGUCGUCUAUCAAGGCUCAAGGAUCCUGGGAUUAGCGUCCGUUGACGUUCUAUGGGCCCUGGUCAUUUCAGGGGUCGCUGGACUUCUGGCCGCUCUGUUUUGUCAAUUUAUUUUGAGGCCAGUGCUGCUCCGAUUUAUCGCUCAAGCAGAUCGGAGGCCAAGAACAAAUAGUAGGUUCUGUUGUCGUAUCUGUAAUAAGUUUCAUAAAUUUCAUGGAGACAUUGAUUUUUCCGAGACACAAUCCAUUUUCUCAGCGGCUAUGCGAUUUUUGAUGCGACAGAGUGCUGAUUAUUUCCCAGCAGUCAGAUAUGAAAAUAUUACUAGAAUAGAAAAGUUAUGACAAGCUUCUGGACGCCUUAAAGCAAUAUGUUUGAGUUGACGAGUGACAUGUUUUUAGAGGCGACCGUUGUUCCAAUCAACACUGAUCCUAAGUCAACUACGCACCCAACUCUUCCUCCUCCCGCUGCUCGGAUCGUCCAAGAGCAACAUUUUAGUCUGCACCCGAAGCAAUUUGUCCACUGGCUCUUCCCGGUCAAGCAUCGCGAAGAGGACGAGCAUGCUCUUCGCCUCUUCUCCACGAUCCAAGUGUUCACGGCGUGCUUCGCCGGCUUCGCACAUGGAGCCAACGACGUCGCGAAUGCGAUCGCUCCGUUAGCUGCGAUGCUGGCGGUCUAUGAAGACGCCAGCGUCAAACAAGAGGCGCCGGCCUCGAUCUGGGUGUUUGUUUUUGGAAUUGCGGCAAUCGUCGCCGGCCUAUGGGUGCUUGGCCACAGAAUCAUCAAAGUAGUCGGGACCAAAAUGUCCCAUGUCCAUCCCGCCUCCGGCUUCACGAUUGAAUUCGGAGCCGCUGUGACGUCAAUCCUCGCUUCCAAGAUGGGUCUCCCGAUCUCAACGACGCAUUCGCUGGUCGGAUCCGUCGUUGCGGUCGGCACGAUCAAGGCCGGCAGAGGCGUGAAUUGGGCGGUAUUCCGGUCGAUUGUGCUGUCAUGGCUGCUCACUCUUCCCAUCACCAUCGGGCUCUCCGCUUUGUACACAUAUUUGUUGACGCUUUUUGCAGGAUAA